AUGGAUCCCUUUGAUCUAGUCAGCGAGGAAGUUCCCUCCAUCCCCUUUGAACAGAAGCAGCUGGAGAUUUUGGCAAGCCCAGAUGUUUUUUACAAUGCUAUAGAGAGUGGUAUCAAAGCAACUCGACGCCGCAUUGUUCUUGCCACCCUCUACCUCGGUAUGGGCGAACUCGAAAAACGGCUGGUCAAGGCCAUUGUUGAGAAUAAAAACAAUCCACGGGUAACUUUACUUGCAGACGCAAUACGAUCCACGCGUACACUCAAGGCAACUGCAGAAUUCUCAGGUGUUCAGGGGUGUGAACGGAUCGCGCGAUUGCCAUCUUCCCGAGUGGCUCUCUACCAGAGUCAUCGUGUGCGUGGUUGGAUGCAUCGGAUUUUGCCUGAGAGAUUAAAUGAACUCUUGGGUCUCCAACACAUGAAAGUCUGUGUUUUCGACGAUGACGUCAUCGUUAGUGGAGCGAAUUUAAGCGAGGAAUACUUCAAAACGCGGCAGGACCGCGCGUGGUUGUUUCGAGGUGUUCCAGCUCUAGCGGACUUCUACUCAAACCUCAUUGAUGUCGUUGUUUCUUUGAGCUAUCAGGUCACCCCAGAGGGCGAGCUUAAAACCACUUCGAAGGAAACCGACCCAGAGUUGGCAGACAAGAAGGCCUACUGUGACCUUUUUCGAUCGCGCAUUGAAGCCUUUCUCACGGAGGCAAAGACGAAGUACGCCACAGCGAUCGCACCAAGGGCCUAUGACAGUGCGGUCUUCCCGACAGUGCAGAUGGGUGCCUACGGCAUACAGCAGGAGGUCCCGCUGGUGCAACGACUCCUGCAUGUUCUGCCAGCGUGCGAUAUCGCUUUCACCACUGGCUACUUCUGUCCCACGCAAGAACUCGAAGUGGCAAUGACUGCCAUUGCUCGGCUUCCUGGCCAUCCAGGCUCACAAGUUCAUAUCCUGUGUGCUGCACCUCAGGCCAACAGUUUCUUCAAUUCCAAAGGCCUCGCCGGGGUUAUUCCAGCAGCAUAUCGUGAGAUGCUAAUCUCUUUUCUCCAACACACCGCCCGAUUACCCAACAUUCACGUGCACGAGUACUUCCGCCCCGGCUGGACCUUCCACGCCAAGGGCCUCUGGUUGACCACGCGUGGUACUGCUGCCACCACCCUCGCGUUCGUUGGCUCCUCAAAUUAUGGCUAUCGGUCACGCAACCUCGACCUUGAGAGUCAGGUGGUAGUGGUCACGCGCGAUGUGAAGCUGCAACGCCGGAUCGAGGCUGAGCGGAGGUGGCUGUGGGAUGCACGCUACCUACAUCCGGUUACAUUGCAGGGGCUUUUGCUGCCCACGGAACCAAGAUUCAAGUGGUUUAUCAGGUGGACUUUACCCUUCCUUCGACGUAUCAUGUAG